AUGGCUGGACCACCAUCCAAUACCUUACGCGACCAUAUGGCCAAGUUCCAGGGGGAGAACUAUGUAGAAGGAUGGGCUAGCUUGUGGGACAACAGAGCCGAAGGCGAAAGACUAGGGUGGGAUCGAGGUGGGCACAGUCCUGCGCUGGAGGAUUUUCUGAUUCAGAAGAAAGGGUUCGUUGGGAGUCCUAUAAUCGAAGGUUCCGAUGGCCAGAAAUCCAGGAAGAAAGCAUUGGUCCCAGGCUGCGGUACGGGCUAUGAUGUACUGCUGCUGGCCAGUUUUGGAUAUGAUGCCUACGGACUGGACUAUAGUGAGGCUGCGGUGGAGACCGCCAACAAAGAGGCAGCGAAGAAUAGGGAUGAAUACGGGACCAAAGACCCUGCCGUUGGACAAGGAAAUGUGGUUUUUGUCCAGGGUGAUUUCUUCAAGGACGACUGGUUGACGAAGCUGGAGUUGGAGCAAAAUUCUUUUGACUUGAUAUAUGACUACACAUUCUUUUGUGCUCUCCAACCUUAUUUACGGCCCAAAUGGGCUUUGAGACACCGCCAGCUCCUUGCACCACCGCCGACUGGGAAUUUGAUCUGUCUUGAGUGGCCGACAACCAGAGAUCCAUCAUUGGGAGGGCCUCCAUUUGGAGUAUCGUCGUGGGCUUAUAUGUCACAUUUGAGCCAUCCGGGAGAGGAAAUUCCAUACCAUGCAAACGGUGAUGUAAAAUUCGACCCAUUGAGAGAAGUCAGUCCUUUGGGACUCGAGCGAGUCAUACACUGGAAACCAGAGCGAACGCAUAAAGCUGGCAAGGAUGAAAAGACUGGAGAGAUAACCGAAAGGAUCUCUUUAUGGCGUCGACAAAAUUGA